ACGGGGCACUACAACGAGAAGCAGCAGAACACCAUCGGCGUUGACUUCACCGUGCGCUCGAUGGACAUCGACGGCAAGAAAGCCCUUCCCCAGCUCCGGCGCGGACGAUGCGUUCGACUACCUCUUCAAGAUAAUCCUGAUUGGGGACUCCAACGUGGGGAAGACCUGCGUGGUGCACCGCUUCAAGACGGGGCACUACAACGAGAAGCAGCAGAACACCAUCGGCGUUGACUUCACCGUGCGCUCGAUGGACAUCGACGGCAAGAAAGAGAAGAUCCAGGUGUGGGACACUGCUGGCCAAGAACGCUUCCGGACAAUAACCCAGUCUUAUUACAGGAGUGCCCAUGGGGCCAUCAUUGCCUAUGACCUUACUAGGAGGUCCACAUUUGAAUCCAUUCCUCACUGGAUUCAUGAAAUUGAAAAGUAUGGUGCUGCAAACUUGGUCAUUAUGUUAAUUGGGAACAAAUCAGACUCGCUAGACAAGCGCCAAGUGCUGUUUGAAGACGCCUGCACGCUGGCAGAGAAGCAUGGGCUCUUAGCUGUGCUGGAGACAUCAGCAAAGGAGGCUCAAAACAUAGAAGAGCUGUUCACAUUAAUGGCUAAGGAGCUAAUAGCCCGAAAUACCUUACAGCUUCAUGGAAAGAACCCUCCGAACAGCUUCUGUCUUGAUUCCAGGCCAGUCUAA